CACACUUCAAGGCAUGUGCUAGAGUGACUGCCUGACGUUAGAAUUCUUCACAAUACUCCAGCUGUGUGCUGCCCGCUCAGGAUCUACUGACUACAGAACACUCUGUGCUGAUGCACACACAGCCUUGCCUCCUGCUUUUCUGUUCAUCAAUUUUAAUUCAGUUGUAGAAGAAACAAAAAGGACCAGAGCAGUUUGGAAUCUGAAUGGACAGCAGACAGCACAGCUUAUUCUGGCUGUGAAGCAAACGGAGGUGACACAUCCUGCAGUAUUGAUGGUUGCCAUUUCACACAAGGCAGAACCAAGGCGAGUAAAGCUGCUUUUAGAGUGAGAACCAUCUCCAAGUGGACCUGAAGACCAACCAGAACCUGAUACUGAAGAGAUAUCAGGAGCUGUUCUCAGUUUGUUAGGUUCAUCUAUUGUAGUCCAGCUGCUCCAAUAUGCCUGCAAAAACCCCCAUGUAUCUAAAGACAUCAACCCCCAAACGGGGCAAGAAGCAGAGACUGCGUGAUGUUCUGUCAGGCGACAUGAUCAGUCCUCCCCUGGGUGACUUUCGGCAUAGUGCCCACAUUGGGAGGGCUGGUGAAGGUGAUAUGUUCGGAGACAUCUCCUUCUUGCAGGGCAAGUAUGACCUCCUUCCAAACAUCAACGGGCGGCCAACUUCUAAAAGCACAGAGAAAGGACUAAGUGAUGAGUAUAACUAUGAGCGGGCAUUUAACAACGGGGCAGGUGGAUAUCCCACCCUGCUGAAGAAUGCUGUUUCCCUUCCUGUCUUCAGCGAUGUACAUGAAAGCCAAGAUCUAGAGCAAGCUCCUCCAAAACCCCCCAGACUCCACCUGGACGAAGGCCCUGGUCAGAGGUCAAUGUCAGUCAGCUGCACGGCAGAGUGCUUCCACAGCCACCAAGAGAUGUCCACAUUUGACAAGACAGUUGGGUCAUCUGUUUCCCUGUCUGCAGCAUCGCAUACCUCCUCGGAAUGCUCAGUAAUUGACGUCGGGCAGCUGGACGGGAAGAGAGCCCUAAUCUUCAACAGUGAGAUGUCCCUCAGCAACGGCAGCCCUUUUCCUUCUGAUUCCUAUAUGAGUGGCUCAGAAUCCUCUCUUGGCUUGGAUUUGGACUUAGGGCCUUCAAUACUGGAUGAUGUCCUCAGAAUUAUGGAUGGAUACAAAUUACACUGAAAUAACGGAAAUCUAAGGCACUUUGUUCAGUAUGUCAGUGGUGAAAGGACAUGAAAGGAAAAAAAGAUGAACAAAACCAAUCUGGCAUUCGGUCCAAACAGAACCUUGGCAUUUGCUGGCGAUGGUCCAAGAAAAUCUUUCCUGGAGUCUCUAUCAGAGAACAAACUUAGAUACUUCCAGUUUUAUAUACUCAUGGAUUUACCUCUUUCUAAACUGCCUCUCCAUCUACAUAUUCGAGUAAAGAGCCUUGUGAAGUUAAUUGUUACUUGUUUUUCCUUCACUGAACCAAUUUUUAAAGGAUGGUAUCAGGAUCACAUGGAACUAGCAAUGCUAAACUGAAUAAAAAAACCCUGCUAAACUCCUGAACUUAGAAGGUAUAAAGUAUGUAGUACUGGAUACUGAAGCAGAGUACAUGGAAUUAUGGCUGGAAUCACUAAUAAACCAUUUGGGUUUGAACGAUAAUCCAAUGGAUUUCUGAUAACCAUUACUGAUAAUGAUUUAUAAUCCCAGAUCUAAAAAGCCCUAUAAAAUCAGCAAGGUUGGUUUUCAGCUCAGCGGUUCUCCCUAUCUGCAGCCAUCUACAGGCCAACUAAUCCUCCCAAACGCAGUAACGGCCUCCAGAACCACAGUCCUGCACGAUCAUUGCUCUCAUCCAGUUCAGUGCUCUUGUGCACCUGUUUUCGUUUGCUCCGCCUUUAGCGGCUGUGCCUUCAACUGUUUUGGACCCAGCUCAGAAUAUGCUCCUCCUCUUCACCAGUUAACCUACUGAGCUUUCGGUCACCUGACCUAAUAUCAAUUUACAUUGCCCCGGAGUCAAACUUCAUUGACAGUGCUUCUGUGAAACACCUUGAGUGCUGUAUCAACACAACUAAAUCCCAACUAAAACUGGGCACUGAAUUAGAUUAAGGGUAAGAAAGGACCAAGACUAGAUGCUGGGAUUAUGGCUCUAUACUCCCUGUAGUGAUGAGAAUGAAUUUAAAACACUACUGUACUCAUUAAUGCUUUUACAUUGCAUUUGUGGAUCAAUGGUUAGUUUCUCAGCAGCUCGCUCUGGCUGGAGACCAUCGCUAAUCUUAAACCACUACAUCGACACAUGGAUUCUUCACUGAAACAUCAGAUUGACUACUUGUUUUGGUCUCCCCUUCUCUGUUCCACACACUGUAUCUUACAAACAGCCAGCUCCCUGUGUCCUUCCAUUAUUCACAAUGUUGUCUUUGCAAAUUAGAUAAGGAUAGGGAAGGGAUCUGGCUACCAUGUGUUUUUUGUCUUCUUGCAUCCCUGGGAGGAUAUGCCCCAUUUGUAUUUGAAGAGUAGCUCAGUUUUUUCUGGAGUAAAAUCAGGCCAAUCCAACUCACUGUCCUGAGAAUGUGAAGAACAGAACUAUCUCUGGUUAUGAGGUGGGAGAUUAGGAGUCUGUUGCUCUGUUGACUCUUUUUAAUGAGGUCCAUUAAUCAAAUGAGUGGCGCUGACAACACAGAUUUGCUAUUGCUAUGCAAGGAAUGCAGUGUCUAACUUAACAAGUACAAGCAACUGAAGCUCAUCAGCUCUCUUGAGAAUUGGAAUAUAAUCAUUUUUUUGUUUGUAUACCUAAUGUUAAAUAACAUUAUUGUACUUUUUUCACUGAGUGCCAUUUCUAUUGAAAUGAUGGUUAUAGAAUGUGUGGCGAUUAACAGUAAAUAAUGCACAAUUUCUUAAAGGGAUAAUCUUGAAAGAUCUCCCAUUGAAGUGCUGAGGGUGUGGUGGUGGAGUUAGGUUGUGCAAUCCUCUGUGGCAUUUCCAUCUAUUGGCUGGGUCCCUGCCCUGUGUCUACACUCACUGUCUCGCCCUCUCUGCAUCUGUAGCAGUGUAGCAGUGGUGGGUACGGCAGAGUAUUUCAGCCUCUGCAGUGGGCAGGGGUUAAAAUUACAAAACUAGUCAGCAGGUCAGAAACUGCACAAACUUGCUAGCUUUUAUAUUUAACCAGAAUGCAUCAGGCUGCAAGGAAAAUCCCUUGAGAGUGGGAACUUGCCAAUUUAAUUGUUUGUUAAGACCAAAGUUUGGAGGUUAUCCCUGCAGGCGUGAUUUCCUGAAUGUACUGGAGCCACAGAGACUCCAGCAUCACAGAACUGGGCUAAGGAGCAGACUGUCAAACCUGCCGAUAAAUCCGCAGCUUCACUUCUGACAGUGCCCCACUCCUGCUGCUGCCUGUCGUUAAAGACAUAAAUUAGAGCAUUCAGGCUAAGAUUUUUUUACAGUUUUUCAUUACUUUUCACACACAGCUGACUUGCAGUCCAGUUGAGCAGGUGUGUGUCUGGAUAAAUUCUGUUGGCAGGUAGCUGUGAGACACCCCCCCCCCCCCCCCCCCAUCUCCCAAUCCCCACUAUUGUGUAUUCUGUCAAACUGCUGACCUGCUGGCUCAGCAGAUGUGAACAGGCUGAUCUGUGAACAACCAGCUCUCUCCGUUUCUGUCUCUGCCUGGCAUUCUAUGUGACUUCUCUACAGGAGGAAGAACGGACAGACCCAUCAUUGGAAUGAGAUGAUGUUGAAUGUCAGCAGUGUGGGGGAAAGGGGGUGGGAGGGAGUGCAUGGGUGAAGAGAAGGGGA